UUUUUUCUAUAUAAGGGGUUGUGGGGCUUUCAUUUCUCCCACACCUCUUCAUAUUUUUCUAAAGUUUCUUUCUCUAAACAAAGCUUUCAGUUUCUUGGCAGCUUAAUAAGGUGGUUUUAUUUCUGCGAGAAAUUCCAAAAAUGGCUCAAUUGAGAGAGCUGUUUUUAUGUUUUCUAGUUUCUAUAACAGUAGCAGCAGGAGGAGGAGGCUUUUUCGAAAAAGAAACAGGUGAAGAAGCACGAAGAGAGGCUGAUAGAGUGAGAAGCUUGCCUGGACAACCGCCAGUGAAAUUCAGGCAUUAUUCCGGAUAUGUUAAUCUGAGACACAAUGAUCAGAAAGCAUUGUUCUACUGGUUCUUUGAAGCCGAAGAUAAUGUCUCUCAAAAGCCACUUGUUCUUUGGCUAAAUGGAGGACCUGGAUGCUCCUCAAUAGCUUAUGGUGCAGCACAGGAACUUGGCCCUUUUCUUGUUCGGAGAAAUGGAAGUCGGCUUAUUCUUAACAAGUAUUCUUGGAACAAAGCUGCAAAUAUCUUAUUUCUGGAAGCACCUGUGGGAGUGGGCUUUUCAUACACGAACAAUUCCAAAGAUUUGCGUAAGCUUGGUGAUCGAGUUACAGCAGAGGAUUCUCAUGCUUUCUUAAUAAAUUGGUUCAAAAGGUUCCCAAGUUUCAAAUCUCAUCCCUUUUAUCUCGCAGGGGAGAGCUAUGCUGGUCAUUAUGUACCCCAGUUAGCUGAGCUCAUCCAUGAUAGAAACAAAGCAGCCACCAAAGACUCUUACAUAAACCUCAAGGGUUUCAUGAUUGGAAAUGCUGUGAUUAAUGAUGAAACGGAUUUAUUGGGGAUCGUGGAUUACGCAUGGAGUCAUGCGAUAAUAUCGGACCAGCUAUAUCACAAAGUAAAGGAAUGUGCUGUUAUGCAAACAGAAGCCGAUGCUUCUGCAAGCAACUGCGCAGCCCAUUUCAAAGGGUUCAUGGAUGCCUAUUCUGGGAUCGAUAUUUAUAGCAUCUAUACUCCAGUUUGCCUUACUUCUUCUCAAACCUCCAGAAAACUCGUCUUCGGUCCUCGUCGCCUUGCAAUAUAUGACCUAUGGCACAGCCUACCAUCAGGCUACGAUCCCUGUACUGAAGCCUACGCGGAAAAGUAUUUCAACAGAGAAGAUGUGCAGAGGGAUCUUCAUGCCAAUGUCACCAAAUUGUCCUAUCCUUACACAACUUGCAGCCGUGUGAUUCAGAGGUGGAAUGACGCGCCGGAUACAAUACUGCCAAUCAUUCGUAAGCUCAUGAAUGCUGGAUUACGCAUUUGGAUCUACAGUGGAGACACAGAUGGGAGAGUGCCAGUGACAUCGACAAGGUACAGCAUCAACAAAAUGGGGUUAAAAACAAAGAAAGAAUGGAGAGCAUGGUUUCAUAAGAGUCAGGUGGCAGGGUGGGUGGAGACAUACGAGGGUGGCCUCACUUUGGCCACUGUGAGAGGCGCUGGCCAUCAGGUCCCUGUCAUUGCACCUCAACAGUCUCUCUCUCUAUUUUCCCAUUUCCUUUCUGGCAACGCCCUGCCAGAUCUUCCCUUCUAAUUACGAUGCAGUCCAGCUCACCACCCAUCAAUAUUAUCAUUAUAUAUUCACUGUUUUCAACAAAGUUUGGACUCUCUUCUUUUUAUCUGACUAAUUAUCAUUUCUAUGUAGACUUUUGGAUUGUUGCAUUUUAGAGAUAAAAAUGAUGUCAUCUCUGUCGAUUGCAUCCUGCUA